AGGGCCUUUUCAGGUUGAAUACAUUCAUUUCAAAAGUAAUCAUUAUUAAAUUUGACAAGUAAAAUAUCUUUAAAAUUAAUUAGUAGUAAAUCUACAAGAAUUUAAUUUUGUGAUUUUCCCUUAAAUUUUAGAUUUCUAACUAAAUAUGAUAUGUUAGCAAUAAAUAUGUUUGACCGAUGAUAUAUUUUAAGAUCUUGACAUAUGUUAGUUCACAGUAAGUAGCUAUAAAUUAGAUUACGAGAUUAUGACUAUUUUAAUUAAUUGACAAUAUCUUUAAAUAGCAUAUUACUUGGUCAAUAUCUGAUAAUAUGGUUAGUUUCCGAUAUAUCCGUCGAUCACAAAGAUUUUCUACAUCUCCCAACACUUUUUGUAUAAAUAGUAGUGAAAAGAGAAACACAAACAUUGUCACUUCACCAAUCCCUCAUGGCAUAUUCUAUCAUCUUGCAGAAAAAUUCAAACUCAAACAACAAUGACGACUACCAACGAACCAGAGUUUGCCACGGCCGUGGCGGUUGCGACAAAGAACAGAACGUUCAAGAAGUUCUCAUUCAGAGGGUUCAACGUCGAAGCUCUUCUCAAAAUGUCCACAUAUGAUCUCUCUAAGCUUUUCAACGCUCGUGUUAGAAGGAGAUUCUAUAGAGGGCUAAAGAAGAAGCCUCUGAUUCUUAUCAAGAAGCUACGUAAGGCGAAGAAAGAAGCAAAGGAUGAGAACAAGAAGAAGCCUGAAGUGGUGAAGACGCAUCUAAGGAACAUGAUCAUUGUCCCUGAGAUGAUUGGAAGUGUUGUUGGAGUGCACAACGGUAAGAAGUUUAACGAGGUUGUGAUUAAACCUGAGAUGAUUGGUCAUUAUCUUGCUGAGUUUUCGAUGACUUGUAAGAAAGUUGAUCACUAUAGACCACGUAUCUGUGGUUGUGGUUGUUACCGUAAUUCCACCAGGUUUAUUCCUCUGAGGUGAUUGAAGAGGAAGCUCUUUUUUAUUGUUAAGUUUCUUGGUGUCAGUGAUUUGGUAUUUUGUGUGUUGAUGUCUUAUCUUCUUUAGAAUGUUCCUUCGCCUUCUAAUAAAAACUCAAACCUUUUAUAAUUGCAACAUCAAGUAAUGUUUGUAGUCUUGUAGCAGACGACGAGUCAUAUUAUGACUUUAAUCCUUUGUUAUAAGAGCAUGCCAUUCCUAAGAACCCUACCUGAAGUAUCUCAACCCUUUAAUAUUGAUAUUUUAAUUUCAUCCUAGUUUUAAGUUGGUGUUCGUUUAGUUCGGUUAAUUAACUACUUAGGUUCUCAUCAACUUGAUUACGAGUAUAGCUAGAUGUAAAAAUUGUUUGAAUGAUCGAGCAAAUAAUUAUAUCAAUGUUCAAGAAUUUGAUGGUUAUUAAGCUCAUUAUAGAAGAUAUUUUUUAAUCUUUGAAUUAAUAUCGUUUUGUUCAUACUCGAUUCCUAGGUGUAGACUAAACCGAUUUUUAAGAAACAAGAUUAUAUUAUAUAUAUGUAUUUCCAAAUUUCAUUAUCAUAAUAUAUACUAGGUUCGGUUUACCCUACGGGCGGGAUAUAAUUUCAUGAUCAUUUUUUGUAUGAUUUUGUGGUAUGUGUUUUAGAUUUGCAUUUACAAAGAUGUGUUAUAAUAAUUUUUGUUUUUAGAAAAUUUUAGGUGAAGAGAGAUUAUAUGUGAUAUGAUAUGUUUUUCUUGCUUGCAAUAGUUGUUUCUGUUUCCCAAAAAAAAAACAAUAGUUGUUUUUAUAUAAAGAGAUGUGUCAUUGAUUUGCUGUGAGCGCUUUAAAUAGUCUUUAUGUGAUUUUCUUUUACAAAAAUUUAUGCGAUUUAUAAUAUUUUGGGUUUGGAAAGAUUGAGUUGUGGGUAAUUUUUUUGUGUAUGUUAUAAGAGUUAUUAUUUUUUAUGUUGAAAUCAUAGUCUUAUGACAUGCAAUUAGAGCAGAAGUAAUGAUUAUUUGAAGUUGCAUUUCUUAUUAAAAAUAAAAUGUUAUAUUGAAUGCGAAAAAGGUAAUAAAGCAAAGCUAAUCAAAAUAAGAAAAUAUGAAAUUUGGAAAGUUUUGAAUUGAUUUUGCUUUAGUGGAUUGGUUAUAUAUUAUGUUUGAACAAUUAUUUUCAUGAAUUAUUUACUUAUAUAUGAUAUUUAAAAUAUUAAGAAUCAAAGAUGGUUGACUAAAUUACAUAAUACCAUGCAUAGUUAUGAUUCUCUGAAUAAAACAACAACCCUUUUUUUUUAAGAGGUAAUUACUUUAUUUAUUUAGUCAUUUAUUUUUAUCAGAUUAUUGUGCAUUACGGUACUCGUUCAGACUUUACAGUUAUUUAAUUUAAUCUUCGCAAUUACAAUUGAAUUACUUUUUCCAUUUUUGGACAAAGUCUAGCUUAAAGUAAAAGAAAAAAGAAAACUACAACUGUUUAUUGUAAUAGUGGUGUUUGUUGUGCUAUAUUUUUUUUAUUGUUUCCAAAACAAUACGAAACCAAAAAUCUGGUUAACAAAAAAAGUUUAUAACCACAAGAUAAAUACUAAAAUUACCAGCUGUACCAAUUAUACUUCAACAAACGAAAACCAGAGCUGAUUAAUUAAAAAGUUGCAAGACAACUACAUUAUUCAGUGAAGGGUAAAAACUUAGGAAGCAGAAAUAGAAUUGAUAAAUUUUUGGCCAGCUUUACUGUCUCCAUAUAUAGUUGGAGUGAUCAGGACCCUUUAUAGUUUGGACCCUUGUCAGCAUCCGUUGUUUCCUCCUUCGUGUUGACCAGUGGAUCAGUUUGGAAGAAUUUGGUUCACCGAUCCAUAUGAAGAGAAACAAAAAUGGAAAUUGACGAAUCAAGUACCAAGAAGAUCAAAAUUCAAAACUUAUUCUUCUCCAUCUAUGUUAUAAAAAUAACAAAUUAUGAAAACACAUAGACAGCAAGCUAAAUAGUGCGAUUCUGGAAAGCAUUUUUGGCUAACCAACUCCAGAUUUGAUUCCACAGAUGGAAUUACUAUCCAAAGACAAAAUCGACUGAAAAAAAAUAUUAACAUAAUAAACAAUUGACAUGCCUUGUGGAGAAACACUGACGAAGACGUAGCUUACAUUUUCCUUCUCUAUGUUCCAUUCUUCGAUGGAUCCACCAAUGGCACAACCACAUCGUGUUCAAGUUUCAUCAACACGUGGUUUCUUAACCAAUGCAGCAGCUCGAACAAUGCUAUCACUGCAUCAUUCUUCUCUUUUGGGGACCCGUUAUCGAGAAGGUCUAGCUAAGUAAGUAUCACACUGCCGUUUGUGAUCUUGUUUACACCGGCUAGCGUAAGUGUAAAGAGUGUCACUGCUGCGUUUUCUCUUGCUUCCAUGGUUCCUGCUCUAAGGACUUGAACUAUU